CUGUCAAACUAGGCGUUAUACAGAGGUUUUCCAUUCACGCCAAUCAGCGCUCUCCGCACGUAGGCCAGGUGUAUAAAAGGAUAAUAUACCUGGAAAGAGAGACACUGCCUCCGGUGAUACAAGAAUCCAAGAUGCGGAAAGGACAAACAAACCUCAUCGUCUGCUUCUUAGCAGCAGUUGUCUUGCCGCUAUCGUUGGGAUUAAUUGAAGAAUUAAACACACCACGAGACAUCUUGGAAUGCUUGACAUACAAAUCUCAGAAUGCUUCCAUUGGAGAAGUAUCCGGGCGAAGUAUUCAAGAUUUCUGCAUCCGGAAAUUUACCUUGGAGACUCAAAGCGGAAAAGAGAACUUUGCUCAGAACAUCAGCACAGAAGGAGUCCAAUAUCUGAAAUCUCUGUUUCGACAAUUGGAAUCUGAAGUACACGACCAAAAGCGCGGGAAAAGACAGGCUGGAACUUGGAGAGUGAGAAGAGAAAUCCGGACUCUCUCUGACGCUCAAAGAAACAGUGUUUUCCAAUGCUUCAGAAGACUCAAGAACGAUUACUCUGUUGACCGGAGAAUGAGUACAUAUGACAUGAUUGCCUCCCUACACUCCGGACAGGCCGCAAGACUGAUGCACAACGGACCUGGAUUCCUUCCUCGUCAUAUGGUUUACGUACUUGUGAUGGAGACAGCAUGCCGUAUCCCCAUGCCCUACUGGGAUAUGACCACAGACAGUGAAAUGAUGGAUCCUACUCAAUCUAUUGUCUGGUCUGACCUCUUUUUCGGUCCAGGAAACGGCCCAGUUCUGUCAGGACCUUUUGGUCGAUUUAGGACACCCACUGGAACCCCAAUCAUCAGAAACAUAGGCUCAGGUGGAGCAUCUUUGGCUAGAAAAGCUGGUAUUAGAGCCUUGUUGUCCAGGAGACGAACAUUCCAAAUUACCGAGCCCCAGCCCGCUCAGAGUAUCUUCUCCAUUGAAAAUCACCACAACGGUGUCCACAACUGGAUCGACGGUUACAUGUCCGGCCUGAACACCGCUUCCUGGGACCCUGUCUUCUGGUUCAUCCACUCAUUUUUCCAGCUUCUGUGGGUUGCUUUCAGAAAUGGACAAAGAGCCAGCGGUAUUAAUCCUGAAAGAGAUUACCCAAGAGGGGUUCGAGUUCCAGCUGGUCAUGAGUUCUACCAGAGAAUGAAUUUCAUGCCCUUCAUGCGACGAAUGACAAAUCUGGAAGGUUUCUCUAGCAGAUAUGACCGUAUUGUGCAGUAUGCCCCCAUGCCACGAUGCUCAGACGCCUGUGGUGGAGGCCCUUAUUUUGUUUGUUUACGGGGAGUGUGUGUUUCAAGAUCUAGAGGAAGACAACCUUUUAGGUUUAGAGGAAAACGAAGCAUAAAUACUCAAGAGAGUCAGUUGGCUGAUGAAAACGUUAACCCAAACACAACCAACAUUAUUCAAUCUAAUGAAGCUGCCUUGUCAACACUUAACAAACCAUACCAAAACACAUUCAUGGUCAACGGAAAAGUAGAUGAAGACGCUUGGGCUUACAUUCCAAUCAGAGUUUUGUACGAAAGGCCAAGGGGAUUCAACUUCCAUACUUCAUCACCAAGAACUACAAAAAGAGAUAUGUAUGACCCAGAGAACUUUAAGAAGGAGGCAAAGAGAAUAGGACUUCAAAAUCAGGUCCAGUAUAAACAACAGUGUGAUCCAUCUGGGUCAGGAGCAGGGAAGGUAUUUGUGCAAUCCAGUGGACUCAAUUAUGCAGGCACAUACAAAGAUUACGCAAUCGUUGAUGAAAGGCAACCGGUGACGUCAGCAAUGACAUAUAUUGGAUUCAAAAAACCUUUUGACUCCGACUCAGAACUUAUAUUAACAGCUUAUGACACUUGCGGGCGCAUUUGUCGGCCUGCCUGUCCUGUAUACAAUCAUAAUCGUGAAACCUACAAAGCUUGCUCUGGGAGUUUCCGGAUUUCCUCAAGGGCACCUCUAAUGUUUAGUUCGACCUAUGGAAGCGCAGUGUCAAAUACAUGGAAUGUUAGGGAAGGAAUGGAACCCGGAUGUCAGAGUAAAUCCUUGCCUAUAACAUUUGUAUGUGACCAUCAAAACUCAUGGCCUUGGGAAUCAAAACUGUGAUAAAAUAAGGGUAAUAUAAAUCCUCAUGCUAAUCCUUUAAAUGGACCUUAGAGAAUAUUGUUUAUUUUAUUUAUAUUUAAGAAAAAAUGUUAUUAUUUUUAGAAAAAAGUUUUAAAUGUUGUGAUCUCAGGUUAGACAAUUAAUUUCAAAAUGUUUAAUUACACUCAAACGAUCGCGAAACACUUGUUUUAAUUCACAUCAGAGUAGAGAAGAAGAAAAGAAGAAAGAGGAGAAAAACAACCUUAAAGAUUUAAUGAAAAGACCUACCAAAACACAAACACACGCAUAGAGUAUUUUCAUCCCUCCAUUCAUGUAUUUGAUUGUGUAAGUCUUUCAUUCAUUGUAUAAUUUAUUUGUUUGUGUGAAUGCAUGAUCUGAAUGUACUGAGGCAGUGUACUUGUAUGUUAUGUAAAAGAUAAUGAAAAUAAAACAGAAAACCCGAAAAUUAUGGUUUUAUAUUCUUCUCCCGAUUUCGUAGUAGCAUUAAAGAAAUUGUAAGAACCUUAUUGUAUAGCUGCAGAACUGUAGCUCUCUGCUUGAGAAAAUUUGGACAGAUAAAGCAGAGAGCUACAAAUCCAAGCGUUGUAAAAACAUUCGAUUUAAGGCGCCGAGUUUUUGUCGCUUACCUCGAGUAUUAUUUCUGGUAUUUUAGGCUUUCCUUCCCUUUUAGAACGGUAUCAGAUAAUUACUGGUAUGGUUAUUUACUUCUGUUAUUGAUUCUUUAUUUACCUUUCAAUACUCCGAAACAGUCCUUUAUGGUUUUGGAAUUUCGGUUUUUGAAAAAAUCGCAUUUUGACAUCCGUUACCAAAGACAGCCUGUUGGAAUUGUUGAAAUCUGCGGUGUAAAUCGAAGAAUUUUACAACGCUUGGAUCUGUAGGUCUCUGCUUUAUCUGUCCGAAUUUUCUCGAGCAGAGAGCUACAGUUCUGCAACUAUUUAUCGCAAAUCAUAUACCUGCAUGUACUCUUUACAAAAAUAAACUCUUUUACGACGCU